AUGCGCCGCGAGCACAUCCGUGCAUGUCCAGCAUGGAGAAAGGAGCACCCGCGCUAUGACUGCAUCUUCGUCAAUACAAAUCCAGACCUUGAGGGAAUGAGGGGGAUGGAUGUUGCCCGAGUACUGACAUUUUUCUCUUUCACUUACAGGGCUGAAACAUAUCCAUGUGCAGUUGUGCGGUGGUUCGACACUCUCGGAGAGUUGCCUGACGACGACACCGGUAUGUGGAUGGUGCAGCCCGCUCACCAUGCCAACAACGCUCCCCAUAUUGCCAUCAUCCAUGUUGACUCGAUAUACCGCGCUGCUCACCUUAUUCCCGUCUACGGCAGUCGAUUCAUUCCCCCCAACCUCCAGCAUUAUCAGACAUAUGAUUUGUUCCGCAGAUUCUACAUCAACAAAUACGCCGACCAUCACUCUUUUGAAAUUGCAUCAUAG